GUAAAAUGUGCCUGGAUCUAAAUCUACCAAAUGACGACUUCUCACUACCGUAGUUCUGAUGGAAUAUGUGUUUACAAGAUUUGAGUGGAUAUAUAUGAACAUAAAUUCCACAAAUUAGCUACGCUUCAACCAGCAUUGACUUAAGCGACAAAACCCGAUUUGAAUAUUUUUCGCGAGUUGUCGCCCCUGACAGUUACCAGGCGCAGACGAUGGUGGACAUCGCCAAAGCGCUGGGCUGGAACUACGUCAACACUAUAGCAGACGACGGCACAUACGGGGAAAAGGGAAUCGGAGCUUUUGUAGAAAAGGCGGCAAAUGCAGGAAUUUGUAUAUCGAUGUCGCUGAAAAUCCCGCGAUCGACGGACGAAUCGACAUUCCGUAAUAUCGUCAAGGAAAUCCUGGUUCCCAAGAACACGGCGAAGGUGGUUGUGAUGUUCGUGAAUGAGGACAACUGCAAGCGUCUGCUCAAGGCCCUGCUGGAGAUCAACAGGACGUCGGAGCUGUUCUUCCUCGCCAGCGACAGCUGGGGCGCCAAGAUCCACCCCGUGUUUCAGCAGGAGGUGGCCGCAGAGGGAGCCGUCACCAUCCUUCCCAAACGACAGCGGGUUAAAGCAUUUGAUCACUACUUUUUGAAGCUUGAUGUAAGACAUCAGCAUAAUAUAUGGUUUAAGGAAUUCUGGGAAACUAUAUUCAACUGCAGCAGUGAGUGGACAGCAGGCCGCAAGUCGUGUACAGGUAGAGAGUCUCUGCAUGACGCCGUGGUAGGGUACGAGCAGGAAGGCCUGGUUCAGUUCGUCAUCGACUCCGUGUACGCCUUGGCCCACGCCAUCCACAACAUGCUCGUCGACAGGUGCCCCAAAAGUUCAAACUUCAGACACUGCAAACAUCUCAAAGACCUCGCGGGAAAAGAUUUACUCGAGUAUAUCAGAAAUGUGUCUUUCACAGGCGCUGGUGGUAACAAGGUGAAAUUCGACGGAGUCGGUGACGCUGUGGGUCGAUAUGACAUUUAUCAAUAUCAGAUUUUAGACACGGGCAAAUAUAUCAAGAUUGGUGACUGGGAACACAGGUUAUCCAUCAACACCAGCGCUAUGCUGUGGAAGAACGGCAGCAGACAGGCUCCGAAGUCCGUGUGCAGCGAGCCGUGCAGGAACGGGGAGUCCAAGAACAACAUGUCGUCCUGCUGUUGGAUGUGCGUGCCGUGCGCGGCCAGCGAGUUCCUGGAGAACGAGUUCCAGUGCAGAGCCUGCCCGAAAGGCUCGCGUCCCAGCGUCAACAAGACCAUGUGCGCCAAGCUGCCCGAGCUCUAUCUCAGACCGCACAGCCUCUGGUUCAUCCUUCCAGCAGCGUUCUCGGUCUUCGGGACGCUCUGCACGUGCUCCGUGUUUAUCAUCUUCCUCGCCUUCAACAGGACGCCAGUGAUAAUGGCCUCUGGGAGAGAACUGUGUUACCUUCUGCUGUUGGGGAUUCUGCUGUCCUACGGGACCUCUCUUGCCAUGUUGGCGAAGCCCAACAUCAUCUUCUGUGCCCUGCAAAGACUCGGGUUAGGAGUGUCGCUGUGUUUCAUAUACGCCGCCCUGCUGACAAAGACUAACAGGAUUUAUCGCAUAUUUAACAGCGGCAUCAAGGCUAUGGUGAAGAGGCCGGGCUAUACUAGUCCGAGAUCUCAGAUCUUCCUGUGCCUGUGUCUUGUGUCCGUGCAGAUAGUGGGAGGACUGACGUGGCUGGGCUUCGAAACCCCAUCCAUAAAGCACGUGUCGUAUCAGAAGGACUACUUGGUGUUAAAGUGUCGAUCCAGUCAAAUUGCCACAAUGAUUUCUUUGUUUUAUAAUAUGCUUUUGAUAGUUCUAUGCACAGUUUACGCUUUCAAGACUCGGAAAAUUCCGCAGAACUUUAAUGAAGCCAAAUAUAUUGCUUUUACCAUGUACAGUACGUGUAUUGUGUGGCUGGCGUUCAUUCCUAUUUAUUUUGGAGCUAACCACGAUUACAAGAUCGAGGUUACGUCUCUGUGUAUGUGUGUCAGCAUCAGCUCAACUGUGGCCCUCUUCUGUUUGUUUGCUCCAAAGGUCUACAUCGUCUUGUGUCAGCCCCAUAAAAACGUUAGACAGGGCUCGGCGCCCUCCGUUCAGAUCACUGCCACGACGAAAACCAGCCGCAGUUACAGCGCACAGGCCGGCUCGAACGGCGCCCAGAACGGAAGUAUCCACCGAGAGAUUCAGUGUACGGACAGUAAUAUCUUCCCCGACAGCGUGGAGGAAAAUUCGUCAUGUGACGAAGGCGUGGCCAUGCGAGCGCCCUCUAGUUGUGCUUCCUGAAAUAACGGAUAUGACGUCAACAGCUUUUUUAAUAUCAGAUUAUAAAUCAAUUUUUUUUUUUUUUAAUAAAUGGUUAUUAUUUUUGUUAUUAUUAUUAUUAUUAUUUUUAUUUUUUUAUUUUUUUAUUUUUGGUAAAAUAAAGUAUUUAUUUAAAUAGAAUCAUGGGACGCGGUCUAAACGGGUGUAAUCACAAAAGUCCCUGAAACAAAAUGAUCAUUGCUCAGAAGUUCAAACGCAGAAACGUGGAAAAAUACUCAUGAAUGUAACAUUUGUUUAGUAAACCAUUUAUGUUCAUAAAUACAGCUAUAUUACGUUUGUGAAAGUGUUGCUACAGACUGUUUUAUUAAUAAACAAACUAAUAUUAUGUAACAUUAUGUCAAUAAAGAAACAUUCCUUUCCUUUUCUGUCCAUUAUCGGUAUUAAUGAUUUGUUUG